ACAGUGAAUAUCGGAACGCAGCCCAAAUAUUCAUGCGAUACAGCUUUGUCGCGCGUGCGCAUCAACAUUGCGUCAUAUCCCGUGUCAACGUUCCUUUUGUAUCAUCGAUUUUUUCACAUGUUAAUUUCGGAAGCUCCGUUGUUGUUCGUCAUUCGUGUCGUCUUGCCGUCGUGUUGUGUCAAUUAUGAUUGUAAGCAGAAACAUCUCCGGUGGUGUCCAUCUUGGUUCCCGUGUCCCUUCCUGACGACGCCCCUACAAUGUCAUAAUCUAAUUUUUCGCUCAGAUUAUUUCCUCCGUUUAGCGAAGAGAGACGCGAGAGCACCAAUUGUCGGAAAUUAACACGACGUUCAGCGCACGGGUAUGAGCAAUCGAAACGAUUAGUUGUAUAAGGAUGGAUCAAUCGCAUCAUUCAAUCGGACGCAUUAUUAAGUACGCGCGAAUACCGUUAUCUCUGAUUGAUAUUUUAUUUCUGUAAUUGUGCGCGCUUCAUAGAUGAGUAUCGCGACUGAGAGUCAUCACAGUCUCGGAUAUUAUCGCAACAGUGUACAGUGUAGACAUGUCUUUUUCUCUUACAAGAAGGAUCUAGUUCCUACUGCGUGACAACAGGAGUUGGCAGUGAUUCCGAAGUUAUGGCAGAAUUAGCGGCUCUUUUACGACAUGAAAUUCCAGAGGGAAGAAAUAAUUUGGCCGACAGCCAUACAAACUUGGAGAGAGUGGCGGAAUACUGCGAAGCAAACUACUUCCAGGCAGAGAACAAAAGGAUCGCACUGGAGGAAACAAAAAAUUAUACUACUCAGUCCUUGGCCAGCGUCGCGUAUCAGAUAAAUACUCUGGCUUAUAAUUUCCUCCAGUUGCUGGACUUGCAAACGUCCCAACUUGCUGAAAUGGAGAGUCAGAUGAAUCAUAUCGCUCAAACUGUUAUGAUACAUAAGGAAAAGGUCGCUAGAAGGGAAAUUGGUGUAUUGACAGCCAAUAAAGUGGCAACUCGUCAGUACAAGAUCAUUGCACCUGCGAAUCCAGAGAAACCAAUCAAAUAUGUUAGAAAGAGCAUCGAUUAUACAAUUUUGGAUGAUAUCGGACAUGGAGUACGUAGCUGCGGUACACCUCGAAGCAAACAACGCGGAGGUAGUCAAGGCAGCGUUCAAAGUUUGGGUGCUACUUCCACAGGCUCGGGAUUACAGGCUGCUAUGGUAGGACCUGCUCCUACCACCAAACCACCUACACCACCUCAGACGGUGAGAACAGGAACGUUGAGUAAAGGAUCGCGCGAAUAUAGGACUCCACCAGCGGUAGCUCCACCCCAAGUUCCUAGUCAUUACGCGCCUAAUUACCCGCUCGGCCAUCCCCGACGAGAUCGCGGCCCAGGAUACAGCACACUACCGUUGCAUGCUCACAACACGUCCCACACAACAGCUCAUAACGCUAAUCAUAACGCGCACACUAGUACCAUUGGUCAACAUGCCACUAUGCCGCAAGUGGGAACGGUGCAUCCUCUGCAGAGUCACCCGCAGACGCCACCACCGGCACCGCCUAGCGUUACAGCUGGAUACGUACAGGAGCAGCAUAACAGUAUGCCUCCACCUCCUUCACCUUUGGUCGGACUAAGCGGCGAUAUGGCGGAAUAUAGCGGACAUCACACUUUACCACAUAGAUUAUCACAUCAAAUGAAUCGUAGCAGUGGUGCGAGUAGUCCUCCUUUGCCGCCACCACCGCCUCCGGAGCAGGAGGAACAUCCGCAAUUCGGCAGACCAACACCGUCCACUGGUGCUAUAAUGCCAAUUGUACCGGAUGAAGAAGAUUUGCCUGGUUGGGUGCCAAAGAAUUACAUCGAAAAGGUGGUAGCCAUCUACGACUAUUAUGCAGAUAAGGAGGACGAAUUAAGUUUUCAAGAGAGUUCUGUAAUCUAUGUGCUGAAGAAAAACGACGACGGAUGGUGGGAGGGAGUGAUGGAUGGAAUAACUGGAUUAUUCCCAGGCAAUUAUGUCGAACCAUGCGUAUAACUACUCGCAACAAUUGGUUGUAUCAUGAUAAUAACGACAAGAAUAUAAUCGAAAGACUGCAAUUUUUCAAUGCAUCAACCGAACAUAUACAUAUAUACAUGCAUCACACCACACAAGCCACUCUUAUAUCUUUGAUCGCAAUCAACAGUUAUUUCUCAUCUCAUUCUUCCUCUUUUGAAAAGAGUAUUGGAAUAUCCUACGCCUACGAUGAUAUGACCGUUUGAGGCUUAUCGAGUACGUUUAUUUGAAACACAAAUCUUAUUUUACAUUAUAAUUUAUUAAUAAUUAUAAAGAAGGAAUUUAUAUAUACAUUAGAUAAGUAUUAUCUGUGCUGUAACAGUAUGUGCAGUAUAUAAGUCUUGUAGUACUCUGAAUAUUUGGGUUAUCAGCUAUUAUCCUCAUGUGAUGCACUUAUCCAUGCUGAAUUCGAAGCGUUGUGAAUUUUUCUUUGUAGAUUAUAACUUGAAAUUAUUCACGGGUUAUCUAGUCCUCGAUGAUGAUAUCAACCACGCUUAUAGUCGUGCGAAAUGUUGAGAUAUCAGUCGACAACUAUACUGAUUGUAUGACGUUACACUAUGAAAAAAAUAACAUCCAGUUACAACAACAAAGAUUACAGACAUUAAGCGAGUUUUGAAUCAAACUAAAGAAAUUAAAUUUUUAUAUUAACGCGCGUAAAAAAUGUAUUUUUAUGCAUCAUAGUAUCAGUAGAUCAUGACUCGCGCAUAAGUAGCGGAACUCCAAUUAUAAGUACAUAUAUUAUGUGUGUUGAUCUACGUAUGUAUUGCAAUAGAUGUCUUUUAUCUGUAA